AUGGACUGGAUGUCGCGUCUGCCCGGGCCCCUGCUGCAGACUCCGCUCUGGGACUUGGCCAUCCCGGGGAGUCACGACAGCAUGUCCUUCUGUCUGGACAUGAGCUCUCCCAUGCUGCGCUCAGAACCUGCUUUGCUGCGACUGCUCAACCAUCUCCUGCCCUGCUGUGUGCGACCCUGUGUCCAGGGCUGGUCUACCACACAGCGGUCAGUCCUCAGUGACCAGUGUGAUUUGGGCGUCCGAUUCCUGGACCUGAGAAUAGCCAGAAAACCAACAGGGGGCGCCACACUGCUGUUCGCCCAUGGGGUUUACACGCUGAUAUCUGUGAAGGAGGCGCUGGAGGAGCUGAGUGUGUGGCUGAACUCUCACCCCAAAGAGUUGGUCAUCCUCAGCUGCUCUCACUUCGAAGGGCUGACGGAGAGGGACCACCGGGACCUGGUCACCUUCAUGAUCACCCAGUUUGGGUCAAAACUCUGCCCCCCUCAGGAGCAGCCGUCUCUGAGCUCCUGCUGGAUCCAGGGGCAGCAGCUCCUCGUGUCCUACGAUGAGGAGCAGGUGGUGAAGGAGCACCCUCAACUCUGGCCUUCUAUCCCAUACUGGUACGCAGACUCGCCAGACCCCGAGAAGGUCAUCCGCUAUCUGGACGAGAGGCUGAGCGAGGGAAGACCAGACCACUUUUUUGUGAGUGGACUAAACCUGACUGAGGACCUGCCGUUCGUCCUGCUGCAUCCUCUGCUCAACCUUCAGAGCCUGACGCUGAAGGGACUGCCCCCUCUGCUGCGCUGGACCAAUCAGCAGUGGCCUGGAGCUCAAAGAGGCGGAGUCAACAUUCUCUGCUCUGACUUCGUUGGCCUCAGUCAGUUUUGCUCCAUCGUAAUCGGACUUAAUUAUAAACUGCUAGACUCCACUUAG